GCUGCGCAGCGUCAAGCAUAGAGAAACACUGGAGACAACAAAAGCGCUUUGCUGGGAGGGAAGUGUGGCAGCACAAGUUGUGUUUUUAUUUAUUUUUACAAACUUUUGUUUUAAAUUAGUUAACUUCAACUAGACAGGAUGCCGUUUCUCGGCCAGGACUGGAGGUCACCGGGUCAGAACUGGGUCAAAACCGAAGAUGGUUGGAAGAAGACGAUAGCAGACGACAGAAACAACAAUGUCUCAGUGGACAGCUUCUGCAAAGUCAAGGAGCCGGAGUGCUUCAACAAGGAGAACCUGCUGCUCUCCCUCAACUAUGACAUGGCUGCCAAGAAGAGAAAGAAGGACCUGAUGAACAACAACACCAAGAUCCCCUAUUUCUACAGGGAGAAGUGGAUUUACGUUCAUAAAGGAAGCACCAAGGAGCGCCACGGAUACUGCACGCUCGGCGAGGCCUUCAAUCGCUUGGAUUUCUGCAGCGCCAUCAAGGACACGAGGAGGUUUAACUACGUAGUCCGACUCCUCGAGCUCAUCGCCAGGUCCCAGCUCCCCUCGCUGAGUGGAGUGGCGCAGAAAAACUACAUGAACAUUCUGGAGAGAGUCGUCCAGAAAGUCCUGGACGACCAGCAGAACAUCCGCCCCAUCAAAGAGCUGCUGCAGACCCUCUACGUCUCUUUGUGUGGCCUCGUUCAGGACAUGGGCAAGUCCGUCCUCGUGGGGAACAUCAACCUGUGGGUGCACCGCAUGGAGAACAUCCUGCAGUGGCAGCAGCAGCUGGACAACAUCCAGAUCAGCAGACCGACACCCUCAGGCAUGACUCUGACCGAGCUGCCCGCCAGCCUGCAGCUGAACAUCAUGCAGCGCCUGACAGACAGCAGGGACCUGCUCAGUCUGGGACAGGUGUGUCCCGAGUUGGGGGCUCUGACUGAGGACCGCCUGCUGUGGAAGAGGCUCUGCCAGUACCACUUCACAGACCGACAGAUCCGUAAGCGUCUGCUGGUGUCAGACAAAGGCCAGCUGGAGUGGAAGAAGAUGUACUUGAAGCUGAGCCGCUGCUGUCCUCUCAGAGAGCAGUACAGUGACACGCUGCACCUCUGCACACACUGCCACAUCCUUUUCUGGAAGGACACGAACCACCCGUGCACGGCCAACAACCCUGAAAGCUGCACGACCUCCCUCUCCCCUCAAGACUUUAUCAAUCUGUUCAACUUCUGAACUUUAACUGCCCUGAACUGACUGUAAAUACUGUUUCUGUACAGAGGAAGGUUUCCGUUUAUGGUCCUGGAUGUAUAUUUAGUUGCUGCGGGACUCUGGAGGGGCUGCAGGCAGAGGGACAACUAUGCAAUUUUUUUUAUCAAUUUAAUCUAAUUUUUUUUUUUGUUGGAAAGAACAGAAAUUUUGACUUUUUUGUCUUUGAAAGCAACUGAACGUGCCGAGGAGCUGGAGGGGACAUGGAAGCACCUGAACCGUGUGUGUGAGGAAAUAAAAGGAAAACAUACGUAGUUUUAGUUAAAUGUGUCUGAAAUUACACCUGGUUUUUCUUGUUUGGAGGAGUUUAAUUUUUUUAUUUUUUUCCUUGUUGGGUUUUGAACUUAAGACUUAGGAUGAUGAGUUUUGUUUAAAAUGGGUUUGUACACAAGGGGAAGGUGCAAUAUGUGUAAAGUUUUAAACUUUUUUUUGUUUCUUUUUAUUCUGAAGUUCACUGAGGUGAAGUGAAAUCAAUACAAGAGUCAGUAAUUCAUAGGCAAAAUGAGGAUUUGUUGACAUGUUGUAAAGUUUGAUUUUUGUUCUAUACUUUUUCACUUUUAUAUGGAUUUAAUAUUUAUUAUCAAAUCGUGCUUUGUUUUUUGGCAGUGUCAGUAGUUGCAGCAGCACCUGAGUGUAGUAUUACCAUAGAUUUUACUCCAAGCAAGUGUAACAUUGGUGCCUUUAUCUAGAGACUUGAAGCAACCCUGGUACAAAAUGUGUCUUGUCUUUUAUUAUCUCUUUUUAACUAGUUUCAUUUUUAAGUUCUUCUAAAGAGUCUGAUUUACAAAGGAGUUUAGAUUUGAGGCUCUGACACCAAAGUUGAAAAUCAGAAGCGACUUAUUUUUGUUAAAAAAAAAAAAAAAAAAAAAAAAAAAAAAAAAAAAAAAAAAAAAAAAAAAAAAAAAAAAAAAAAAAAAAAAAAAACCUCCCGACUGUUUAUUCUCACAGCUUAUUGUUUACUUAUUUAUUGAGGUUUUUGGCAAGAGAUUGAACUUGCACACUUGAGUUUGAAGGAGUGGAAAGGUGCAGUUUGAGAGGAACUUGCCUUUUGUCACAGCUCUGAUGCUGAAGAUUGGUGUACAUGCUAUGCAAUGCAGUCUGAUUAUGUUCUAUGGGAUAAAUAAAUGGAUCUUGUUGAAGCCA